UUUUCAGACUUGAGUGUUUUGGCUCGAUUAGAUUAUGCUGCUUUGGAGUUGGACACAAAAGUUUCCUUAUUCCCAGUAAAACUUGUGUCUUAUGAUCAGUUGUACAUACAGCUGCAGAGCUGUCCCUUUAGUUCAGCUGUUAAGUUAAAGUCCAGCGCAUUAAAAUACAAAUCCUGCACGCUCUGGUUUUAUUUGAUUAGACGGCUCUGCAAAUGAUAAGUGAUUUUUCACAUGUUUUGACACUAUUAGAAUUUUCUCUCUCUGUCAUUCAGUUCCUGUUUUCACAAAUGUCCCUCCCUUUAAGAUGCAAAGGAGAGUGGUGUUUUUCUUUYCUAAUUUUUUUUUUAUGAAGCAAUCCUAAUUUUGUGGGAAGUUAAAACGUUUUGACUCCAUUGGUUUCUUCAGUGAUGCAAUUAUAUAUCAGUUUGUGUGGAGUUUGUUUAAACGAUCAGCAAAAUUAGAGGGUUGUAUUUCCUCCUUUGUUAUGUUGUUACGCAGGUGAAAUGAUCGUUCUCUUACAGUACGUGCCGUACAUMCGUACAGCUGGAUUCUUUGGCUGUCAGCAGCUGAGGAACUUGUUGCCCUGUCUGACCUCAGCAGGGAGCGAGGCACAGUGGCCGUGCGUGAAUAGGCCUUUAGAAAGCCCUGGUUUGGUGGCGAGGCUGCUGACUCAGGGGGCUCGCAGUGCGCCGCCCCUGUCCUACGCAGCCACAGGCCCAGUCAGGACUCCAUCCUGCACAGUGAGCAUGUCACUAUCCUAGCACCCGUUCCAAAAGAGAGUUGUACUUUAGUUUGUGGAGUGACAAAAAAAGAGACACAACCAGACAAAGACUUUUUCAGAUGCAGAGUGGCGUAGCGUUGGAUGACGAACCCAGUAAAAAGUGUAAGGAUGGCCAGACGCGGGAGCAGGACAUCCCCUCUGAAAGCCAUUACCGAAUUGUUUCACCAACAUUCCAGUAUAAGAUGGGCUACCAGCGAAUGGGGAAGUGCGUCAUCAUCAACAACAAAAACUUUGAUGAAAAUACAGGGAUGAAUGUACGCAACGGCACGGACCGAGACGCAGGUGAGCUGUUGAAAUGCUUCAAGAACCUGGGCUUUGAUGUUGUCAUCUACAACGAUCAAACAUGUGAGGAGAUGGAGCAUCUUCUCAAAAAGGCCUCGGAGGAGGACCAUAGUGACAGCUCGUGUUUCGCCUGCAUCCUGCUGAGCCACGGUGAGGAAGGUAUGAUCUACGGCACCGACGGCGCCAUGCCCAUCAAGACCAUGACCUCACUGUUCAGAGGAGACAUGUGUAAAAGUUURGUCGGGAAGCCGAAACUCUUCUUCAUCCAGGCUUGUCGGGGUUCUGAAUUUGACAAUGGAAUCCAGACAGAUUCGGGUCCUCCAAACGAUACCCUGGAGACAGAUGCCAAUCCAAGACAUAAGAUCCCCGUAGAGGCAGACUUCCUGUAUGCAUACUCCACUGUGCCAGGAUAUUACUCAUGGAGGAACCCCGGACGUGGUUCUUGGUUUGUCCAGGCGCUCUGCAACGUCCUCAAUGAGUUUGGCAAGCAGCUGGAAAUAAUGCAGAUCCUGACGCGGGUCAACUACAUGGUGGCCACCAGCUUCGAGUCCUGGUCYGAAGACCCGCGCUUCAGUGAGAAGAAGCAGAUUCCCUGCGUGGUCUCCAUGCUGACGAAAGAACUGUAUUUCAACUGAUACCCCACCUGUACUGUACUACACAGUCUGACCAGACCCACUCGGCUGAUCGGCACUGAAUAAGCGUUCAAAGCAUUCAGGGAUGAUUUAGGCUCAGCAGGACUCUGUCUACUUAAAGCACAUGGCAUUCUGUACGUGUGGAGCUGGGCCUGAAAACAAGCACUCUGUGAGCUCAAAAACAAUCGUGGAAAUCUGUGUUCAUGUGUUGAUAGUGAAAGCUCCUCUUCAGGUUCACGAAAAAAAAAGGGGGGUGUCACAUUUAAUCUGAUCUACGUUCACAGGCGUUGUGAAAUAUUUAUGUUCUUCUACUGAUCCAUGAAAUUUACUGCCAGGUUUGAGGGUUUGUAGAAUGAUAUCUGAGUAUCGGUUACUCCAUUUUUAGUACUUGCAUAAAUCUCGGAAGAGGCCUUAUCUAGUAGACAAGAGCUGUCUUAAGCUGGCUUCUCAGAAAAAKAACAAAAAAAUCCCUUCUUACUUCAUAGCUCAUUCUUUCUUGGYAUUAUCGUUCAACCUACAUGAUCAGAUCCCAAGUCAGUCGUUUUAAGUUUUUUACUUCACUAUUAGUUUUUGAAUAUCUUUCAACUAACAUUAUAACUGACUGAGCAUGAGAUCUGAUUACACACAUGCUCUGAUUUCAAAUAAAGAUGUUUACGUCUUACAAAAGCUUUUUAAACUAACAACAGCGACAUUUGAACUGUAUGUUUAUUAAAAAGGUGAUCUGACCUGUUUCAGAUGAGGUAUUAAAUGUAUUUAAUGUAAACCUUUUUGCAGUUUUACUUGGAACUGCCUGCUUUUUGACACGAGAAUACCAGAGGAGAGUAGAGCCUCUAGUUGUGAGUGAAAUAACUUACCGUUAUGCAUCAAAAUAGUCCAGAAAAACAAAAAAAGUAGGACAUUUAAAAUGCUUUGAUGCUUUUUUUGUCAUUUUCAUAUAGCUUAAAAGCUUUGAGAACCUAAAUUUGGCAAGAAAUGAUCUAAAUCUUUUUUUUAGCAAAGAGUGAUGUAGGAUACUACACACCUAAAAUCACACAUCGUGCAAUAAAUGGUUGAAGGGUGAAAAGGAGGGCACGUUUUCACUCACUAGGGUUUUUUCUUUAGUCGAUAUCCUAACAAAAACACUUUAACAUAAAAAAACACUCAGGUUUUUUUAUUGUCUUAUCAAGUAGCUCAAUAUAUUUUCAGCAACACUGUGGCUACAAAGAUGUGAUCUUUUGCCGAGUAGUGAGUAGUUCUAUUGGACUUUAAGCCAAGCAAAUAGUCCUAACUUAGGAAGCUUAGGACUAAAUAGUCCUAAGCUUAAUGAAAUUUCCUUUUUUUUUACUGUUAAUUUGAUAUUCUUUGUCGUUGAUGAUAAAUUUAGGGCUGCGYAAUAUUAGAGAAACUUGCAAUGUUUGAAAUUUUACGUUUAAUAUCACGAUGCCUAUAUCAGUUGUGAAAAACCCACAUUUYCCUCUCCUUCUCUCCUGUCACCUGUCAACAUCUGAACUGUCAUACAUUCAGGAAGAAAACAGUGAAAAGCAGAACCGGGGCACAAAAAACACAAAUGCAUUGUUUCACUGUAUAUUAAUGUUGUGCAUCAUCUUCACAUAGAUUUURCUAAUGCUACAUAAGAAUGUCUUGGUAGUUCCUCCUACUAGGUGCGUACACAGACUAAGAAGUAAAAAAAAAAAAUUACUUUAGUGCACUUUGGCAAUUUUUUAUUUAAAUGCUUUAUGAUGAAGUAUGAUUGAGUACAAUUAGGUUUGUUUUCUGACGUAUUCAAAACAAUUGCCAAUAGUUAUUACAACUCAGAGGUUUGUUUUAGAAGAUUAAUUUUGUUUUUGUUCCAAAGUCUGUCUAUCACAGAGGCAGCUAUAACUGGCAGUAACAUGUCUAAACUUACACAACCCAUAUGUCCACAAUAUGCUUCCCAGCAUUUCCCAAUGUUUUUUUUCCAUUCUUCUUGCAUGUAUGUAUCAGACACUUGGGGUGGGGAGAGGAAACAUUUUUACUAGUCGUUCCUCUUUUCCACGUUUUAUUAGCCAUGUUUUAUUUAUUUUGCUAAGUGCCAUGUGUGCAAUCAGUGCUGGCAGUCCCAGUUCUUGUCCAGAGUGUCCACAUCUCGAGUUUUCUCGACACGUGGAUCUCUGCUCAGUAACAUGGUGUCAAAGCCAAGCUGAGAGGAAUGUUUGCUCUACUUGUUUUGAAAUGAAUUUUAAGGGGGGAUAUAUUUUUUUAAUGGGGAAUUUUUUUUAAUGCUUUCUGGUGUUUGCUGCUUUUGUCCUCAGUAAUAUAUUUGAAAAGGCUUGAAAAAAAGAAAUGAAUGGAUGGGUUUAAUUGAAAGUAUAAUCUGGCCUACUUUUCAUUUGGGGGCAACGUUUUUGUUCAACUCCAAAAUGGAAGAAUGCUUUUGUAAACAUUUUACUGUAAUAAACCAAAAUGACUUAA